CAUUCUCACCAAAAGCACAAGAAGAAGAAAAAAAACUCUCUAUCACUCUCUCUCUCUCUCAGAUUCAAAGUGAUUAUGGUAGGUGUUUUUCGGCGCUCCAUUUCAUUGCCAAACAAAAAUCUCAACCGUCCAACGGUGAAGCCAGCCAUAUCCCACCACAUCAGAUCCAUCAGUCUUCCCUGCAGAUCUCAUCCAUUGAUUUCCCAGAUCAAGGAAGAGAUCAACGGUCUCAAUGCAUGGGCUUCAACUUCCAAAUCCCACCCUCAAACAUACACAAAUAUUUCCCACGGCCUCACCCUUCUGAAGGACACUCAUGAAACGUUCCAACACAUCUUUCAACUCCCUCAAACCCAAGAGUCUCUCCGGUGCCACCCUCUUUGGGUUGAGAACCUUCUAGAAGAUUCCCUCCGCUUCGUCGACGCCUACGGAACCUUCCAAACACUCAUCAUGGGCCUCAAGGAAGAACACUCCUCGGCCCAAAUAGCAAUAAGGAAGCGUGAUGAAUCCAAAUUGGGCAUGUACAUGAAGUCUAAGAAGAAAUUUUCCAAGGAGAUGGAGAAGCUUGUUUCUUCCAUCCGAUGUGGGACUCAAACUCAACAACAACAUCAACAUCUUCAAAUGCAGGUUCCGGCGGUGUCUGCAGCGGAAGCGUUGCUCUCGGUUGCAGACACCGCUGAGCUGGGAGGUGUGAUCUCCGAUGUUAUGAGGGUAACGGUGUUCGUUUCCGUUGCUCUAUUCAACGGGAUCGCGAUGUCAUUUGCUCCAAGAAGAUUUUCAUGGACUCAGAUGGUGAAGUUGUCGAGGAGUAGUACUAGAAGAAUGAACGUGGAGAGUGAAGGACUUGAGGAGCUUCAGCUGAUGGAAGUUGAAGAAAGCUUUGAGAAUCUGAAGAAGAAAGGAGAUGAAGAGGUGAGGUUGAUUUUGAAGAGGAUGCGGGAUUUGGAGGAAUGUGUUUGUGGCAUUGAAAGUGUGAGUGAGAAAGUGUUCAGGGCUUUGAUCAACUCUCGUGUUCUAUUGCUCAACACUCUUACCCUUGCGCAAUAGUGAAGAAUGUGAAUUGAUGCUGGUAGAUAAUACUUUUUGUUUUUGAUUUUAAGAAAAGAUAAUAACAUUAAUAUUAUUUAUUUUUUUAUCA